CAUUUCCAUUUUGUCUUCGUUUAAAUCUUUAAGACUACUGUUUACGUAGCAGUCUUAACUGUCUUUUUUGCUCAUAAUAAUGUGGCCUCUUGGUCUGUGCAUUACAGCUUUUGUUGUGGUAAGCAUUACCCAUUGGGUUUACAAAUGGAGGAACCCUAAAGGCAAUGGAAAUCUUCCUCCUGGUUCAAUGGGUUGGCCACUAUUCGGCGAAUCUCUACAGUUCUUUGCCCCAAAUCAAACUUGGGAUACUCCUCCUUUCAUCAAGGACAGAAUAAAAAGAUACGGAUCUAUAUUCAGAACCAGUAUAGUUGGGCUGCGAGUAAUUGUCUCAACUGAUCCAGACCUUAACUAUAUGGUUCUUCAACAAGAGGGGCAAAGAUUUGAAAGCUGGUACCCGGAAAGCUUGACGAAGAUCUUUGGGAGCCAAAAUCUAGGUUCUUUGCAUGGGAAUUUGUUUAAGUACCUCAAGAACAUGGUGCUAACUAUAGUUGGUCCUGAAAGCCUAAAGAAAACCCUUUUGGAAGUGGAAAGUGUAGCAACUAAAAGCAUAGAGGGGUGGGCUUGCAAAGAAACAGUGGAACUGAAGACUGCCUGUUCUGAUAUGAUAUUUGAUCUCAUGGGAAAAAAAUUGAUAAGUUAUGAUCAAGCGAAGUCGACCGAGAAUCUAAGGGAGAACUUUGAAGCUUUUAUAGGGGGAUUAAUUUCAUUCCCUCUGGGGAUUCCUGGAACUGCUUACCACAAGUGUCUACAGGGAAGAAAGAAGGUAAUGAUGGUGCUCAAGAACAUGCUAGAGGAAAGAAGACAUAAACCUAAUAUGGUCAAAAACGAUUUCUUUGAUUAUGUACUUGAAGAACUGAAGCAAAAUAAUACGACCCUUACAGAAGAAAUUGCCCUGGACUUGAUGUUUGUUCUAUUGUUUGCAAGCUUUGAAACAAUUUCCCAAGCCAUAAUAGUCGCUAUCAAGCUUCUGACAGAUAACCCCAGAGCAUUGAAGGAAUUAACGGACGAGCAUAUGACAAUCCUAAGAAAGCGGGAGAACCCAGACUCUGGACUUACAUGGGAAGAAUACAAGACAAUGACAUUCACGUUUCAGAUUAUCAAUGAAACACUAAGGCUUGCGAAUAUAGUUCCAGGAGUAUUCAGAAAAGUACUGACGGAUAUCAAGUUCAAAGACUACACUAUUCCAUCUGGUUGGGUGGUAAUGGUAUGCCCUCCAGCAGUCCAUUUAGACCCUACCAACUAUAAAGAUCCACUCGACUUCGAUCCAUGGAGAUGGGAGGAGUUGGGUCUCACUGCUGCAUCAAAGACUUUCAUGGCAUUUGGAGGUGGUAUGAGGUUUUGUGUUGGAGCAGAUUUUGCUAGAGUUCAGAUGUCUACCUUUCUUCAUUGCCUAGUAACCAAAUAUCGGUGGCAAACAAUCAAAGGAGGAGAGAUUGUACGAACUCCAGGUUUACAAUUCCCAAAUGGCUUUCACGUUAAGUUCUUUAAGAAAGAUAAACAAAUCCAAGAUCCAAAAUCGGAAUAUCGUUGAUGUCGCGUAGAGAAAUGAAGUUGCCAUCUCAUCAUACUCCAGUCUCCAAGUUGCACGGUUAAACAACAUAGGCACUUCUCAGACUGGAUUUCUACUCUUAUGAUUUUAUUUAUUAGCUUUCAUUUCAAUAAUGAGAUGAAAAGAGUUCAUCUCUUUCAUCUCCUUGGCUCCCGUUUGGUGUCCAUGCUUUAGUUUAUGGUAUUGUAGGUCCUUGUAUGGAAAAUUGUCGACAGACUUGUCCAAUUAUCUUUAAUUAUGUAUAAUAUUUUAAUGUUGUGAUGAGGAAUUUUUAAAUACAUAGUCCAUG